AUGGGGCACUGGAAACUCGCGUGCGGACUCGCAGCAGUGUACGUCGGGCGACACGUCACGGCCCGGCCGAUCAACGAGGACAUCACCGACGUGCCGGACGAGUUCGUCGAGCUGGACGAGACGUUCCCGGGGUCGGGUGCGUUUCUGCCGAAAGACGCCGCCCCGACGCCCACGACCUUUGACACGCGAGGCAGGUCGGGGAACGCGGUCCAGGAACCGCCCGCAGCCCUCUACGAUCCCGGGUCACUGCAUGCGCCGUCGGUCGCGCGUCGUCGUCUCGAGGGGACAAUGACGCGCGACAUGGAGAAGCUCGAGCAGUUCUUCGGCCUCGAGCUCGUGACGGACAUUACGAAGCUUCCUACCAAGUACGAGCACCACCCGAUUCCGUGGCCCGGCAGCUACUGGCCCACGUACGCCGACAGUAUCAACUACCAAUGGGACAAGAAACAGCCGAGUCCGGCCGAAAAGUACGCGACGGCUUUUGGCCACGACGUCGCGACGAUGAUGGACAAGAUCUCGAUGAAGAGCGGCAUUGACAAGCACAAGAACCGGAAAAAGUGCAAGCACCAGCGAGACUGCCGGGUGCUCAAGGACACGAGCGUGUGCGCCAAGCGCCAUGGCCACAAGAUGGGCUACUGCAUUCCCAAGUGGUUUGGCAUUUGUCACGCGUGGGCACCUGCGGCGAUCCUCGAGCCCGAGCCGCGUUGCGUCGUCGAGCACAAUGGCACGACGUUCGAGCCGUACGACAUCAAGGCCUUGAUCACCAUGGCGUACCACGGGUCCAAGAUCCCGACCAUCUUCACGGGCUCUCGGUUCAACGGCAACGACGCUACCUCGAACAUCACGGACAAGUUUGGCCGCUUCACUGACGAACGCCGUCGCGACAUUAGUCCCGGUUUCUUCCACAUUGCCACGACGAACAUCAUGGGCCGCUUCAAUUCUUCGUUUGUCAUCGACAUGACCGCCGGCAGCGAAGUGUGGAACCAGCCCGUGCGCGGCUACGAGAUCGUCCGUCUCGCGUGGGUAACGCCUGAAGCGGCUGCCAAGCGGUACUUUAACGUGGACAAGUACCCGUUCAAUGACGCGGCUACUAAGAUUGCGGUUGUCACGACCCGUGUCUACUGGGUCAGUGAGUCUGGCGAGAAUGGCCCACUUGUCUCCACCGGCCGCGUCGACAAGUUCACGACCAAAGUCGACUACGAAUACGUUCUCGAGACGGACGAGACGUACCAGAUCCUGGGCGGCGAGUGGCUCUCGGGCUCGAAAGCAACCCACAUUGACUUCAUGUGGAUCCCUGCCAGCAAACCUGACCUCUCGACUACCACGUCGUUAGGUAUGGUGUACGCUGAGGUUGAGGAACUGAUCCUCGAGUCUGCUCGCGCGGACUGCAAGUCACCGCCUGCCAAGGACAAGAAGCCUAAGCCAGACACGGGCGACUCGGAAACUUCUGAUGCAUCGUCGUCUGGGCCUGCCUCGGAUGAUGGACCGUCGGGCGAUGCGGAAGCCUCUGGAUCUGCCCCGGAUGGGUCUUCGGACGAUGAUGAAGCGCCUGGACCCGCUCCGGGUGGAUCGGCAAACAACCCGGUGCCUCGUCCGGGCUCGCGAGGGUCAUCCAAGUCUGGUUCCGGCGACUCGCCAGCACCGACUCCUGGUCGUCCGCCCGCUCCUGCUCCUGGUGGGGAUGCCCCGGAAGCCCCACCUGUCGAACCGGAGGAUGCCUCCGGUGGGGAUGCCCCGGAAGCCCCACCUGACGAAUCGGAGGAUGCCUCCGGUGGGGAUGCAUCGGGACGUGUACCUGCCGGUGCCCCGGCAGCUUCGCGUCCAUCUUCUUAG